AUGACGACCACGACAGCAACCGCCCUCCGGAGCAGUCGCCCACCCAUCCUCCCCAAGGAUUUCUCCGCUCAGCAGCCGGAGACUAUCCGCCUGUACCCUCUGAGCAACUACACUUUCGGCACCAAGGAGACCCAGCCCGAGGAGGAUCCCUCAGUGCAGGCUCGCCUGAAGCGCCUGGAGGAGCACUAUGAGCUCCACGGCAUGCGCCGCACCUGCGAGGGUAUCCUCGUCUGCCACGAACACAACCAUCCUCACGUCUUGAUGCUGCAGAUAGCGAAUGCAUUCUUCAAGUUACCGGGCGAUUAUCUCCCUCACGAUGAAGAAGAGAUCGAAGGGUUCAAGAAGCGCCUGAACGAGCGCCUGGCCCCCGUCGGAUCACAAUUCUCUGGUGAGGGAGUCAAUGAGGACUGGGAGGUUGGCGACACUCUGGCACAGUGGUGGCGCCCCAAUUUUGAGACCUUCAUGUACCCGUUCCUGCCAGCACAUGUCACCCGGCCGAAGGAGUGCAAGAAGUUGUACUUUAUCACCCUGCCGAAGAAGAAGGUCCUCUCCGUCCCCAAGAACAUGAAGCUCUUGGCCGUCCCACUCUUCGAACUGUACGAUAACUCGGCCCGCUACGGUCCCCAGCUCUCCGCGAUCCCUCACUUGCUGUCGCGGUACAACUUCGAGUUCGUGGACGAGAACGACAACGUGGUUGCCGUCACCCCCGGCACUCCGCUGCCAGAGGACCAGAUCCCACGAAUCAAGGUGUUGGCCGGCGGCGAUGGAGAGGAUACGGGAAUGACGGAUGUGGGCGAAGGGGAGAAGGGAAUCGAUGGGCUGUAA